GCAAGUUCAAUUAGAAAGAGAGGACCAAAUUUGGUGUCAACCAUCAUGUGGAAGCAAGUAACUUAAAUUAGAAAAAAAAAAAGUGUCCAGGAGCAUGCGUAAUUUGGAUUUGUAAAAAGAGAAGAUUUGGUGAUUGAUGGGAAUAUGGGAGAAAGCAGAUAUGAUGGAGAAGGCGAAAGAAAGCGUUGAAGCAAGCAAGGAAGAAGCAGAGCGAGUUUCGUCGCUGAGCUUCACCCCUCACCGCCUCGGCGUUGACCUAACCACCUUCUACCGCUAUUUUUCCCUCAGAGGCAUCCGGGUCGACAGUUGCCGACCCGGUUUCAUCUCCUGCACUUUCAAAAUCCCUCCACGCCUCAUCGAUAAAAAUGGGAAUCUGGGAUGUGGGGCGAUUGCCACACUGGUGGAUGAAGUGGGAUGUGCAAUGAGUUAUGUGGAAGGUGUGGCCUUUAAUGUUACUGUUGACAUUUCAAUCAGUUUUCUCUCUACUGCAAAGCUUCAUGAUGAAUUGGAGAUCACCGGGCGGGUUUUGGGUAAAAGGGGAAGUUAUUUUGGAACCAGCAUUGUUGUGAAGAACAAAGCAAGUGGAGAGAUCAUUGCUGAAGGGAGAAAUUCUUUGUACCGUAACCCUAUAAAUAAUAGCAAGAUGUGAUAAUUGAUGCCUUCCCUUUCUGCUUUCAUUUCAUUUUCUGCAAACCCUACUCUAGCAGACUUCAGAUACAACCAUGGUUUUAUCUCUAAGAGUUCUAUGAACAUACUUCUCACAUUUUCUCUUGUAUGUCUCUCAAGUCUGAACUGGGAAAUCUUUCAUUUACUUUUGAGUUUAGUGGGUCAGGAAAUUGAAAGAAAAAUUCUGUACUCUCUUCUAAUGUGGUGUACAACUUUAACAUGAUAUAUUCUACU